AUGGAUACCUUAAACACAUCUUUUCGUAACACUAAGUCAAGAACCAACAUAAGAAAUGAUCCGAAAGAGCUGCCGAGCAACAUAAGAGACGACAAGAAAAGCGAAGAAACCAAGAAGUUAAUCUCUUCGCUUCCUUCACACACAGAUUCCCAAGGGCACAAGAUCUGUCAAUAUCAAGGAUGUUGGUAUUAUUACAACACCCUCCAAGGUGUUCUCAAUUUCCAGAGAGGUUUUCAACCGCAAGACACGGAUAUUAUCCUUGCUUCUUACCCAAAAUCAGGUACUACUUGGCUCAAGGCCCUCACUGUCGCCCUCCUUGAGAGAUCAAAGAGCCAUUCUUCUUAUGAUGAUCAUCCUCUACUAUAUGAUAAUCCUCAUGGCAUUGUACCAUUCUUGGAGACCUACCAGUGCUCAAGUUCUAACUUAGCCAAGUUCUCGGCAUCUCCGAGGCUGCUCUCGACACACAUGCCACUGCAUGCGAUGCACGAAACUCUCAAGCACUGUUCUUGCAAGAUUGUGUACGUGUGCAGGGACGUGAAGGACACAUUGAUCUCGUGGUUGUUUUUUGGCUGUGCUGUUCAUAAAAUAGAACCAACCAAAAGCCUUCUCGUGUCUAUGUUAGAAAGAUUCUGCAACGGAACUAUCUUUUAUGGACCUUUUUGGGAACAUCUCUUGGGCUAUUAGAGAAGAAGCUUGGAAGACCCCAAACAUGUCCUUUUCAUGAGGUACGAGGAAAUGAAAGCAGAGCCUCAUGAACAGAUCAAGAGACUUGCCGACUUCUUGGGUUUUCCUUUACUAAGUAAGAAGAAGAUAGUGGACAGUUUGGAGAUUAACAAAACGGGAAAAAGAAACAACUUGAAUCACAAGGAUUAUUUCCGUAAAGGGGAAGUCGGUGACUCGAAGAAUUAUCUUACGCCUGAAAUGGAGAAAAAGAUAGACAUGAUCAUCCAAGAAAAAUUGCAAGGUUCUGGUUUGAAAUUCUAGAGUUGUAUCGUUUGUGUUUCCUUUGAUGCAGAAUAAUAAGAGAGUAGCUCCCGUUUAAUGUUCCUUAAUAAUUUUUGUUAACUUCAAUGCCAAUUCCCUUCUAAGAAAAAUUACUUUUUAUCGAGUGAAACACAAUUUUCUGUUGCUUUUAGUCAGUCUCUCAUUCAUGCUUAUUGUUAUGUCUUCUAUAAUUGGUUAUUUUUUAAAUCUCCCUUUAAUAUUUUUAAAAUUUGAAUACUACUUCAUAUUUCUUUUUUUUUUUGGAAACUGUUAUUGUAUACCUAACCUAAAUAUAAAGUAAAGAUUAUAUAACUCAUAAAUCAUGUGGGAACUCUAGCUGUAAUGGAUACUUAAAGGAAAUCAAUUGAUUCGAAUCAUUUUUACUAUUAUACACCAACUAACCCACAUAUUUAAAUAUUUUUCUUCAAAAAUAUAUAAUAUUCAGUUUAUUAAAUAUUUAUCUUUUUUUCAAAUUAAAUAUUUAUCUUAAAAGGAAUUAAUGACUGAAAGUCAUCUUAGGGCAUCUCCAUCCCUACUCCAUUUUUUUCUCUAAAAUGGAGUAAAAGUGAUUAUGGAGUAAAGAAUGCUCCAACCCAACCCUAUAUCUCACUCCAUAAUGAAGUUUACUCCAUAAAUGGAGUAAUCUAUUUUUUGUUUGUUCAUCACUCCAUUAUAGAGUGGGAAUUGGAGUAGGAUUGGAGCAAUUUUACUCCAUUUUCACUUUUACUCCAUUUUAGAGGAAAAAAUGGUGUUUUACAUUGGAGAUGCUCUUAGUCCAGUGGUUUGACUAAGAGUUCAUUAAUGCUUCCACGCCAAGAAGUCUACGGUUCAAACCCCAGAAAACGCAAAUUAUGCAGAUCAUGGAGAAAAAGGGUUAAAAAAGAGGUGUUCAGCAUGGUGCAAGGGCGUAUCAUCGAACAUGGAUCUCAUAGGACGAUUCGGAGCGAUGCAGUCAGACAUGCAUUCUCAUAUGAUGGUAGAAUUGUCGGCUGUAAAAUCGUCUAUGCAAUAUUUCUCAUCGUUGUAAUAGCAUAAUUAAUCAGACGUUAAAUUUUU